AUGAACAACAAUAGAGAUACCAAGGAGAAUAAUGACAUAACAGUAAUAAUGCAAAAUUCGAUUGAUAGUCUGAACAACAAUAGCGCAGUAUCGUCGCCUAAAAAUAUUCCAUUGUCGAACAAUCACUCCUUACUAAACUCAAUUGAGAAACGGGGGAAAGGUCUGCCAUCAAAGUCAAGAUUUGGCAAAUCGUCUAAUAAGUUGCAGCAAAUACAGAGGGAGAAUCAGUCGGUGGACUCAUUGGACUUGAAUACAGAGAUGAAACAACAACAACAACAACAACAAGAAACAAGUAAAGAGGAGUAUGAUGAGUUGGAACGACGAUUUGCUGAUGCCGUACUCAAAUAUGAACAUCUAAAGUCCGAAAAUCAAAGACUAAGAUGUGAACUACAACUGAACAAGGACGAAGUGGCGUCAUUAAAGUCUCAUUUAAACCAAGUCGAACAAACUAUCGUCGAUGUGGAAUCGGAAAAACAAGUAAUACAGGAGGCGUCAAUGAAGAAUGAAGCAAUGUACAAGAAAGUAAUAGAAACAUUACAAAAUAAAGUGGAAGACUUGAGCUUGCAACUUUCAACCACCAUUAGCCCAUCACAACAACAUAUUGAGCAUCGAGAUCGUGAUAACGAAUUGGUACCAAAAUACGAAAAGCUUCUUCGCGAUUAUAAAGUUCUUCAACAUCAAUUUGAAGUUGAGAAAAGCUCGAAACUUGUUUUAAUGGAUCAGAUUGAGUUUUUGGCUCAUAAGAAUGAAGAACUUGUUAAUCAGUUGGAGAGUCCCAUGACCGAUGAUUUGGAAAGUGAUGCUAAGAGCAUUGAUGAUUUUGUAAAGCACACAACUCAUGGAAACAUCAAUGAGGCGUUCGGCCAAGCCCAAAUGAAUAUAGCAGACCACUCUUACCUCGGGGAAGAGUCAUCAGACUCUAUCAAAGUGACAUCACAUUUUCAAUUCCCACCAUCGCCAGACCCACAAUCAAAAGAACAGAAAAGGCAAUCAUUACCCACAAAUUUGAAAUCGCAAUCCAUUCCUGAAUCAGCCGAGUUUGUUUUGUCUCCAUUCAAAUUGACCCCAGGUCCUUUAUCAAGCCCUGAAGGUAAGGAUGGUGCUUUUGAUAAUCCAGAUAACUCAAUUGUAAAGAGAUACUCAAGGACAAAACCCACACACAUUAGGUACAACAGUCAUGAUAUACUACCGAUAAAAGUCGAGUUUGAGCCUGACUCGGUGAGAUAUACAUCUAUGCCCGAAAAGGUGCACAGGCAGGAUCUGGAAUUCGAUGUUAUUGAGGAGUCAUUUGUUGAGGACUACGCCAAGUUGAACCACCGAGAUGGAACGUUUUUUGCUCUCAAUGGCAUGGGUUCUGAAGAUACUGGGUUUGACACCAGUAAGCGGGUGUCAUAUGAUGAAUUCGACCUGUCCUCAAAACGAUCUAGUUAUUUCAACGCCGAUAACAAAACGAAACAAGAAAUCACUAAACUCAAGUUUGAGUUGCAAUCUUUGAAACUUCAUAAUGAGAAGCUAUUAUCGUAUAUUGGAUUCGAGUUGCAAAAACAGAAAAAGAAUAUAAAGAAAUUGGCCAAGAAACAAUCUGCCAAUUCUGUUAAAGCAUUGAACAAACAAAUGGAGUAUUCAGAUGCAAAGCUCAUUGAAGAGUCCAAAAACAUGUUGAUUAAUAAAAAGAGGGUCUUGAGGUCGGUAUCUAUAAAUGCUGUGUUCAACAAGAAUGAAAAAUUUGCCGCAAAUCCUGUGGGAAUCAACCAUGCGGGUGCUUCAAAUAAUGGAUUUGAUACUGCUCCAGAACUGUUGUACCCAUACGACAAUGAUUCCAAUGAAGACCAAAUCCUGGAGUCCAACUUUGUCAAUGAUAAAAUAGUUAAAAAAUUUGCAUCACAAAUUUUCCGCCCCAACAACUUGUACUCACUAAGUGAAGACGAAGCAGAUUCUGAUUUCGAAAAUGACAAUUGGGAACUAGUUGCUGAUGGUGAAGAUGAAACCACACGCGAGUAUUAUGCAACGUCAUCGUCAUCAUCAUCAUCAUCGGAGGAAGAAUUGAAUAUGCUUCAUAAAAUCAAAUCAUUUGUGAUGGGUGCACCGAAGGAUACCAGCUCUAAAAAGAAGCGCAAGGAUGAUUUAAUUGAUGAUAAUUUGAAAUUCAAGUUUCUCACGAUUGCUUUGGGCAUUGCUAUUAUAGGGUUGAAAUUGACACCUAAAUCGCAACAAAUAGGACAAUAG